GCCACAGAAUCCAUAUGGUAGCAGCCCAUUGGCUGAUUCCACGUAUGACGCGUCAAUGCGGAAGCGAUCCACCGCCGUUGGGGAAAAAUGGCAGCUCACAGGUGUAGCUACUCGACUGUGCUGCUUAUUCUUUGUAGUCUGUCCGUGUUUAUUGUCGCAGACAGUCAAGAAACGACACUAACUGGUGAUCACCAUGCCACUGCGGUCGACAAUCCACAAACAGCCCCCGAAACUGUGGAACAAACGGCCGAGCAGCCUGCGGUGGAGGAGAGGCGUUGGGAAUCAACUGUGGUUGAAGGGGCGACUCCGGAUGAUGUUGCAACCGACAAACAGGACACUUCUGCCCCUGAAACCGUGGUCCCCUCAUCAGCACCACAGCCUAAAGACGAUUUUCAGGAGGAAUUGGUCAUCAGACCGCUGCACUCAGGAGAUAUUUAUGCCAGCUUCCAGUUCCGCACCCUGUGGGAAACUGAUUUCAUGAGAGGAAACAAAGUGUCCCACUACCGGCUAUUUCCCAAGUCUUUGGGCCAGGUCAUCUCCAAGUUCUCAGUGCGAGAGCUGCACAUCUCCUUCACGCAGGGCUACUGGAGGACCAUGCAGUGGGGGCAGCCCUUCCUGCCGUCCCCUCCUGGGGCUGAACUCUGGGUCUGGUUCCAGGACUCUGUGACAGAUGUGGAUGGCACGUGGAAGGAACUGACGAAUGUUUUGUCUGGGAUCUUCUGCGCUUCACUGAACUUCAUUGACUCCACCAACACCGUUCAGCCCAGUGCGUCCUUCAAACCGCUGGGUAUAGGCAACGUGACGGACCACCGCUUCCUUCGCUAUGCCACCCUCCCACGAGAGAUUGUUUGCACUGAGAAUUUGACACCCUGGAAGAAACUCUUGCCAUGUGGAUCCAAGGCUGGUCUCGCUGUCCUGUUGAAGUCCGAGAAACUCUUCCACAGCAGUUUUCAUUCCCAGGCAGUGCACAUCAGACCCGUGUGUCAGGACUGGCAGUGCAAAACCACAUCCUGGGAGCUGAGACAGACGCUGAAUGUGGUCUUUGACCUGCACACCUCUUCGCAGGGCAAACGAGAGUGGUCCCUGUUUAAGAUGUUCUCUCGGACCCUGACAGAAUCUUGUCCACUGGCCUCCUCCAGUAAAAUCUACAUCGACAUCACAGACAACCCUCAGGGGGAGCAGUUUGAGGUGAGCCCGGUCACUCCCCUGCUGAGCCAGGCAGUGGUGCUUGGGGACAGACGAACCUUCUCUGUCUACGAUCUGACCCAACAAAUCACCUUUGGCACCGUCCGCUCCCUUAACCUGCUGAUCCGCUGGAAAUCCAGUGAGGGUGACAUGCUGCGUCCUCUGCUCCACGCUGAGCGUUAUGUGGCUGGUUACGGGCUGCAGACAGGAGAGAUUCACACGCUGAUGUACAACUACCACCCCUACAGGUCUUUCCCUGUGCUGCUGCUGGACUCUGUGCCUUGGUAUCUUCGUCUAUACAUCCACACCCUCACUGUCACCAGCAAGGGAAAGGACAACAAGCCCAGUUACAUCCACUACCAGCCUUCUAAGGACCGUGUGAGGCCCCACCUGCUGGAGAUGCUGGUCCAGCUUCCCCCCAACUCCGUCACCGAGGUCACAGUGCAGUUUGAGAGGGCUCUGCUCAAGUGGACUGAAUACACCCCUGAUCCCAACCACGGAUUCUAUGUUGGGUCUUCAGUAAUCAGCUCUCUUGUACCAAGCAUUGUCGCCAUGGAUACAAACAGCACUCAGGAACGCCCACUUUUCAGCAGCUUUUUUCCCUGUAAAGAGGAGUCCAGCUACUUUGUGCGCGUCUACACGGAGCCUCUGCUGGUCAACCUGCCAACUCCAGACUUCAGCAUGCCUUAUAAUGUCAUCUGCCUGACCUGCACUGUUGUGGCCGUGGGCUACGGCUCCCUCUACAACCUACUGACCCGGAGUUUCCAGAUUGAAGAGCCCAGCCCGGGAUUGGCCAAGCGGAUAGCCAACAUCAUCCGCAAAAUGAGGGGCGUGCCGCCACUCUGAGGCUGGACACAAAUGCCAACUGGCUCUACUUUUAGAAAGGAGGUUUUCCUUGAACUAAUUCAAGCACUGGUAUGAAUGUUUUUAAAACAGUCAACUUGAAGGUUUUGUUUUGUUUAUGGAAGAAGACAAAUAAUUUUUUUGAGCCAGUCAGGAUAAUUUCCUGCUGGCUAAAGAAAAGGAAAUGUAAACAAUUUGUCUACUUGGAUGGAAAUUACGAGUUUUGUUGUUGUUUAACAAGUAGAAGGAACCAAAGCUGUCCAGUAUGCUGCAGUGGUAACUGCAUCGUGUUUUGUUUUCGGUUGUUAUAUAUAUAUAUUUUUUUGUGUGGAUGUUUUAAGUCGUAACUCCACUACAUCAUAAUAUAGCCACAGUGUCUCUGAAGUAUUUUAUUACUGUCAGGAAACAGUGGUAAAAAAAAUGUUUUUACAAAUAUGAGACUGGUGGCCUUACACAGCAUUAUAAAGCAUCCGAGCUCAGAUAGAAAAAGGACGAUAACCGUUGCGCGUUCCUGACCUGUUCAUUGCUAUCUCCCUGCUAGAAAAGAUAAAAUAUAAUGACCUUUAAGUCAGAGUUAGUCUGUCAAUAUGUCACAUUUCCUCAAACCUCAGUUAGGAUAUCAAAUAACUCUAAAGUACUGAGUUUUCCAUGUCCAACCAUAGUCCUGAAGUAUAUCCUCUUUAUUUAAUAGUUCCAUUUGUACUGUCUCACAUGUUUUGUAAUAGUUUUAAUAUAUGAAAAAAAGAACAAAUGCUCACAAAAAUACUGAAAAGUUACCAAAACCAUAAUUUUGAAAUUGGCAGGUUUGUAGGUUGGACAUAAGCAUGAGCAAUAACAUUACUUGUCUGGAACUGGAAUUACUUGUUCUGCAACAAAGGAACAGCCCUCUUACCAAACAUAUAUUUUGCACUCGUUGGUUGUUUGAUGCAUGCUCGAAUGUUAAAUGUGAUUGUCUGCACGUCUCUUCAUAAUUUAUUGCCUUUAGUAUGUCUGGUUGUUAACUCAUUCUCUCAUCAGUUCAGUGCAGUUUCAAUGUGUCUAUAGCGACUAGAAUUAUGGAAAUGACCUUACCCUAUCAUGAAAUACUACCAUACAUUUGUUUUAUAAACUUUUUACCAAGAACAACAGUAUCCUCUGCUAGGCUUGUCUGCCUAGAAGCCCAUUCUGUUUCACUUACUGUGAAAAAGUGCGCAGAAUGUGACUUUUUGAAGCGGUACUGUGUGUGUGAAAACCUUUUUGCUUUUUCAAUAAAAUAACAAAUAUA